AUGCACUUCAGCACUAUUCUCGUCUCGGCGGGCCUCAUGGCUGCUGGAACUGUCCUUGCUGCCCCCAGCCAACUUGUCGAGCGCGCGCCUGUGGCCGAGUCCAUCGCCAACGCUACUGCCUUGGGAGUCGAUGUAUACGGCUCCAUCCCUGAUGAUGCUACCAAGGUUACUGAUGGCCACUACACCGCGGAACCGGGCACCAAGGCAUGGGCCUGGAUCCGUGCUCAGAUUGAUCUCCCCAACACUGCAGAGACUCGCUCAGAGAUCGAGAAGCGUCAAGGCUGGGCUAACAUCGGCAUUGGAAUGUUUGCCCAGGACUGGUGCAGCGGCCAGGCCGGCUGGUUUGACAACGUUAUCUACGGUAACCAGAACGUUGUUCAUCUCAACAUGUUCUCCGUCGGCAUUAGUUACCGUGGUCUGCGUAGCAACGAGCAACUCGAUUUUAGCAAGCUGUCUGGCAGCGACUGGUGCGGCACUUAUCUAUACAGCGCUGGUCAAAACACCCCAGUGGGCUGCUUUAACUCUCAAGCUAUCAACUGCUUCCGUCUGACCCAGCACUAA